AAUUGGGAUUUUCCAUCCCUCGGGGCAUUGCUGCUGUUGUUGUGUUUUUAGGGACAAGUCCUGGCCGCUCCCCCGGGACUUUUCUGGGUCAAAUUCUGCCCGGGAGAGGCCCCUCAGGGUGUCCCAGCCCGAGACAAACCCAUCCCAAAAAUCCCAAAAUCCCUCCCGAACUGCCCCGUCUUUGCUGGCAGUGCGGGAUCGGCUCCAUGUUUACAAAAACAGGGAUGGACGGAUUUUUUUUCCCUGAAAAUUCGUGAUAAGGGUAAAAACCUCUAGAACUUCCCACUUGCUGAUUUAACAGAGAACAUUCAGGUGGCCCCAAACCCAUCCCAUCCCUUUUUCCCUCCCAAUGAGGCAUCUCCCAGAGCUGGACACAUUCACAGCACCAAAAUUUCCCAUUUUUGCCUCAUUUCUCCCCACAGUUGUAAAAUCAACCCAGAUCCGAUGUCUGAACUCAGAGUUCACAGCUAAAACAGAGGAAACCCCAACUUCCUUCCCCUUCUGGCCCCAAAUCUCCAAAAUCUCUUGUUUUUACUUCAGCUGGGCUGGGUGGGGCCGAGGUGAGAAAAUCCCUUUUGGUUAAAACGCCUCUUCCCAACGCUCUGCUGUAACUCCCCAGCCCGAUUCCUGGCUGACACCACAUCCCCUCUGCAUUUCCCCGUGCCUGGGUUUCAUUACCUGCUGCUCUGGGCACCGGCUGUCCUGAGGCCGGCUGGCGCUGGCCACCAUGGCCACCAAGGUGCCCAUCUACCUGAAGAGAGGCAGCAGGAAGGGCAAGAAGGAGAAGCUGCGGGACAUCCUGUCCUCGGACAUGAUCAGCCCCCCUCUGGGGGAUUUCCGCCACACCAUCCACAUCGGCAGCGGCGGCCAGGGCGACACGUUCGGGGACAUCUCCUUCCUGCAGGGCAAGUUCCACCUGCUGCCCCGCGGAGGCGCCGAGCCCGCGGCAGCACCGGAGCCCUUCGAGUUCUCGCGCACGGCCACCAUGUCGGGGGCCGAGGUGGCCACGGCGCCGUCGCCGCUGCUCAAGAACGCCAUUUCCCUGCCGGCCCUUGGCGGCGCCCAGGCGCUCACCCUGCCCUCGGCGCAGGCCCCGCCGAAGCCGCCGCGGCUGCACCUGGAUGAGACGGUGUCACCGGUGGUGUCACCGGUGUCCCCAGCGUGUCCCCGCAGCCCUCGGGCCACCAACGGCGAGGCCGAGCCCCUGGUGUCGCACGCGGGCUCGCUGCUGUCCCUGCACGUGGACCUGGGCCCGUCCAUCCUGGAGGAUGUGCUGCAGGUCAUGGACAGGCACCAGGCCGAGCGCGGCGCCCGCCCGGAGGUCCUGACGUGAGGAUGAGGAUGGUGAGGGUGAUUUUUGGGGGUUUUUCGGACGUGGAUCUCGCCAGGUGAGGGUUCAGCCUCGGGACAGAACCAAAGGGACCUCCCCGAGCUGUCCCAGGCUCGUCCAGUGCCGGCGCUGAGCACAGGAAACGCAACCCUGCUGGAGCCCACGGGAUGAAUUCCCAAAAAUUCCGGGCAGGAGGAUUUGGGGGGACAGCGGGGUUUGUUCUCAUCACGGCGGUGCCACCUCAGCUUCUGCUCCUUUAAAUCCUUUGGGAACCCCACGUAUCGGGAAAUCUCCACCGGGAAAUCUCCACCAGACUUUGUAUCCCCGGAGAAGCCAAAACUCUCCCUGGAGGAGCUCACAUUUCCCAAAGGAGAUCGUUUUAGGAACUCAAUCCAUGGAGGAGCCAAAAAUCCCCUCUGGGGCAGAACUGGAGCGACAGGAGCAGGGCUGGAAUCGUCACUGAGAUUCCAAAACAACCCAAAAUCCCAGAGUGAGGCGCAGGUGGACUCUGGCAGCGGGGCUGGGAUGGGAAGGAGGGAAUGCCAUGGGGAAUUCCGGCU